GGUGGAGAAAGGAAAUUGAAUUUAGAAGUCAGUGCAGGUUCUUCUUUCGUGUAAAACUCGAUUGAAGAUUACCCAAGUUAUAACUAAAUAAAGCUUUCUCCGUGAACCGUGACCGAAAAGAAAAGAGGAAGUUGCAAAUCUCGUUUGAUUCGGAUUUUCCCCUAGUCAACUCUCUAAACUGAAAGUAACCGGACUAAAAAUCCGCCGCGAAAUAGAUCGCAGAUACAACAAAACUGAAAUUCAAAAAAAAAAAAAAAAAAAAAAAAGAAAUUGUUGAUGUCAAACUUAUUUACUUUGUUUGCGAUUAGGAAAAGAUAAAGAGCGAUGCAAAUGAGCCGUUCGAUUGCCAGAAUUGCGUCUUCGUGUUGCAAACUAAAGUUAAUAGUUGCCCUCGUUGCAGCCCUCGCAAUUGUUGUUUUGCUUUCCCGAAACGUCUCGACCGCAUUUCCAUUCUAUCAGUGUCUAUCGGUGAACAGCCGGACGGACUGGAGCUCCAUGGACGUCAACACAAUGACGGCCAAACAAAUCAUGGAUUACUUUCGGUGGAACAAUGCAUCGUCGUGUCGUUUAGCUCAGUACUUUGGUGGCGUGACGUUCCUCUUUGGAAUCGACGGCCAGAAGGCCGUCUGCAUGGACCCGGAAAUUAUGCCGUUAGCGGGCAAAUGCAUUGUCUACUCGUUCGGUAUCAACGACGAUUGGUCGUUCGAGGAAAUGAUCGAUCGUUACGGCUGUGACGUGUACGCCUUCGAUCCGUCUUUAAACAUGACCACUCGCAACUGGAACGACACGAACAUUCACUACUUCCACCUAGGAUUGGCUGACCACGAAGAACAAUCCGACGACGGCUGGCACGUCCAAACCCUGUCCACCAUUUAUCAGAAACUGCUCACCGAGAAACUACACGCAUCCGAUCGCUUUAUCGAUUACCUUAAGAUAGACAUCGAAGAGGACGAGUGGACUGUUCUCGUCGACAUUCUCCAUUCUGGAAUGCUGGGAAAAGUCAGACAGCUGGCCGUCGAAGUGCAUCUACCACUCGAAGGCAGCAUCAGUGAUUAUCAGCGGCUGGUUGGUCUGCUCAGAUCGAUGGAAGAACAGCAUGGCAUGAUUCGUUUCGAUUCGAAAAUCAACGCCUAUUCCGAAGGUUCCAUUAGGCAUCUGUUUGGCAUGGGCUACGCGGCUCACGAGAUGGCCUGGUACAACCGACGGCCAUUACACUAUUAUAACGAAUGA